AUGGAUGCUAAUGUUGAACCUUGGAUUUAUCCAUUAUUUUAUCCACAUGGAACACAAGGAUGGACUGAUAAUAUAGCUCAUGUAAAAAGACGUGGACGAGUGACAAGAAGUGAAUACAUGAAGUAUCGUUUAGGCGUUCGAAAUAACAAUGUAUUCUUACAAGGGGGUAGAUUAUUUCAACAGUGGUUAGUUGAUAAUUAUGUCAAAAUAGAGAAAGAUAGAAUAAAUUUUUGUAGAUUUAAUCAAAAAACCUUACGUGCUGAUACUUAUCAAGGAUUUGGAACACAAGGAUGGACUGAUAAUAUAGCUCAUGUAAAAAGACGUGGACGAGUGACAAGAAGUGAAUACAUGAAGUAUCGUUUAGGCGUUCGAAAUAACAAUAUAUUCUUACAAGGGGGUAGAUUAUUUCAACAGUGGUUAGUUGAUAAUUAUGUCAAAAUAGAGAAAGAUAGAAUAAAUUUUUGUAGAUUUAAUCAAAAAACCUUACGUGCUGAUACUUAUCAAGGAUUAAUUGAUCAUUUACAACAAACAGCAACGGAAAGUAAUACACGUGUAGGAAAAAUGGUUAUUUUGCCAUCUACUUUUACUGGUUCUCCUAGAAAUAUGUUACAACAUUAUCAAGACGCUAUGGCUAUCGUUAGAAAAUAUGGUAAACCAGAUUUGUUUAUAACUAUGACAUGCAAUCCAAACUGGAUUGAGAUUCAAGAAAAUCUUUUACCUGGACAAAUUCCUUCUGAUCGUCCAGAUUUAAUAUCACGUGUAUUUAAUAUUAAAAAAAACGCAUUAAUCGAUACUAUUGCUAAAAAGAAAUUAUUUGGUGAUGUAAUGGCUUAUGUAUCUGUUGUUGAAUAUCAAAAACGAGGUUUACCACAUAUUCAUAUCUUAAUUACAUUAAAACAAAAUUGUAAAAUUACUACUCCUGAAGUAGUAGACAAAUUUAUUUUAGCUGAAAUACCAGAAAAUGAUCCUAAAUUACAUGACAUUGUUAUUAAAAACAUGCUACAUGGUCCAUGUGGAGAUUGGUGCAAAGAUGAAAAAGGCAAAUGUAAUAAAAAUUUCCCAAAAAAAUUUGAAGAAGAGACACUUAUGGAUGAAAAUGGAUACCCUACAUAUAAGCGACGAAAUUUAGGAGAUUACUUUCGUACUAAUGGAUGUAAAGUAAAUAAUCAAUACGUUGUUCCCUAUAAUUCAACAUUGUUAAAAAUGUUUAAUUGUCAUAUCAAUGUAGAAGUAGUUUCUAGCAUUAAAUCUGUCAAAUAUGUGUACAAAUAUACAAUAUAUAAAGGACAUAAUGCUGCUACAGUUGUGAUUUCUGAUAGAGGAUCAGAUGAAACAUUAAUAAAUCAUGAUGAAAUUAAUAAUUAUUUAGAAACUCGGUAUGUUGGUCCUGUGGAAGCAUAUGAUAGAAUUCUAGGACGAUCUUUACAAGAAAAAAGUCAUUCUAUUAUUCGAUUACCUGUCCAUUUACCAAAUCAACAGAGUGUUAUAAUUAACGGCAGCGAAAGUAAUGAUUCCAUAAGAGCUGCAUUAGAAAAGCAAACUAUGCUUCUUGAUUACUUUCGAUUGAACGAACGUGAUCCAGAAGCUCGCAAAUUUACGUAUGCUGAAAUACCUUCUCAUUUUGUAUACAAAAAGACAAAUGAAUCAUCUAAUUGUAAUUGGCAAAAACGCAAAACACAAUUUAAUGUAAUUGGACGCAUGUAUUCUGUCAGUCUAACUCAAGUUGAAUUAUUUCAUCUUCGAUUAUUGUUAAUAUCAGUUAAAAGUGCUACAAGUUUUGAAGAUCUUCUAACUGUUAAUGGAAUAAGACAUGACAGUUUUCAAAAUGCAUGUUUAGCCUUGGGUCUUAUUGAAGAUGAUGCUGAAUGGAAUCGUGCAAUGUUAGAAGGAGAAAAUUGGAUGAUGCCUGCACAAUUAAGACGUUUAUUUAUUCGUAUACUAUUAUAUUGUCAACCCAAUAAUCCAAAAGAUCUCUGGGAAAUAUUUAAAGAUUCAAUGUCAGAAGAUUUUCAAAGAAAUAAUGAUAUAUUAAUUUCUUAUAGACACACAAUUUUAGAAUUUAAUAAUAUUCUUUCUAAUGAAAAUUUAGACAUUAGUAAAUUUCCGUUUUUAUCUGAUGUCGUAAAUUAUACAAAUGUAAAUAUUGAUAGUAGCAAUAACUUUAUCAUAGAAAAUCACGAAGAACUGGGUCAAAGUCAAUACUUAAAAUUAAAUUGUCAACAAGAAAGUGUUGUUGAUAUGAUUUUAGAAGCUGUUUUAUUAAACAAACCAUCGUCAUACUUUUAUAUAGAUGGUCCUGGUGGAUCGGCAAUAUUACUUCCUCAUGGAAAGACACUUCAUAAAACAUUUGGAAUGCCAGUACCUUUGUUUUCAGACUCUGUCUCAAAUUUCAAAAGUCAAUCUAAAGAUGCUGAAUACUUGAAGCAAGUUGAUGUUUUUAUCUGGGAUGAAGCACCAAUGGCACCCCGUUAUGCUUUAGAAUUAAUUGAUAGAACUUUGCGUGAUUUUAUGAACGUAGAUUUACCAUUUGGUGGAAAAGUAAUGGUACUUGGUGGAGACUUCAGGCAACUUUUACCUGUAAAAAUUCAUGCUACUCGAAGUGAAAUGGUGAAUUUGUCAAUUAAAUUUAGUUCUCUUUGGAAAAAUUUCUCUUUACAUACACUGACUAAAAAUAUGCGAACUUUAUCAGAAGAAACAGAAUUUGCAAAAUUUCUAUUAUCUGUUGGUGAUGGAAUCUUAAAUGAUAAAAAUAAUAAUUUAUUGCUACCAGAAAAAUGUGUAGCCUCAAAAUCUGAUGAUAUUGUUCGCACAAUUUUUGGUUCAUUGAUUGUAGAACGUAAAUAUGAAAAUUUAUCAAAAGUUGCAAUUUUAGCUGCAAGAAACAUUGACGUUGAAGAAAUCAAUUGCAGAGUUGUAGAACUUCUCGAUAAAAAUACGGAAAAAAUUUAUACUAGCGUCGAUAGCGUUAAAAAUUGUGACAAUGGAGAAAUUAAUGAUGGACUUUUGCCAGAAUACUUAAAUACAUUAAAUCCUCCUAACUUUCCACCAUACGAAUUACGAUUAAGAGUCAAUUGUAUUGUUAUGUUAGUUAGAAAUUUAAGUAUCAAUGAAGGACUGUGUAACGGAACUAGAUUACAAGUGUUAGAGCUUGCGAAUAAUCUUUUACGGUGUAAAAUUUUAACAGGUGAUAAAGCUGGUGAUGUAGUAUUUAUACAUAGAAUAGACUUAUAUUGUGAAAAUUUGUAUCCGUUUACAUUUAAAAGACGCCAAUUUCCAAUAAAAUUAGCAUUUGCAAUGACUAUUAAUAAGAGUCAAGGUCAAACAUUUGAUAUGAUUGGAAUCGAUUUACGAAAAGAUGUAUUUAAUCAUGGACAAUUAUAUGUUGCAUUUUCAAGAGUUCGUUCUUGGGAAUCUCUUAAAAUUUUUCUUGGGAGUCAACGAACAUCUAACAUUGUUAAAAACUAUGUAUAUAAAGAAUUGUAUGUUUAA